AUGGCGGGGGAAAAGGGCACUAAGUCACCAGCACCGUCCAAUGUGCAGCGGCAACUUCAGCCAAUUAGAAAGAUGAGAGGGAAAACUCCACGGGUGAGCCGGCGAGCACGGCAGGGGGCGGGCACGGCGAGGACGCCCCCGGAGCCCCCCAGGCCCGCUGCCCGCGCCUCGGGUCCGGAGCGCCGCAGCAGGCCAGGAACCGCCCGGCCCGGUCCGACGAGGCCGCGGGGAAGCGGCAGGCGCGGGAGGCAGCGGCCCGAGCGCGGUCCGCCUCGGGAGGCCAGAGACGGAGUCGGCGGGGACCGGGGAAACCCGAGAUGGCCUUCUAAGAACAUUCGAUCCCGAACCUUUACUUUAAAAAGAAUUUCUCCCGACAAGGAAACUCAGGCCCCCGCAGCCUUCCCCUGCGGCGCCUGCCCACGUCACCGGCGCCCCCGGCCCUCCCGCGGCCCCCGCCUUACCGAGCCCCGCGGCCCCGCCGCGCUGCCGCGGCGUCGCUGCGCCCCGCUCGCCGCUCCGUGUCUGUCCUGCGGGGCGCCGGGCCCGACGCCCUCCUCCUCCUCCUCCUCGUCCUCGUCCUCUUCCUCGUCCCGGUCCUCGCCGCUGCCGAGCACCGCCCGCGCGCCGAGCCUAGCGCCUGGCCGCCCAGGGCAGCCGCGGGGGCUCGGCCGGGCGCCCCCCGCGCCAGCGCCUCAUCCCGCCGCGUCGCCCCGUCAGGCUCGGGGGCGGGGACGCCGGGCUCCGGGCCGCGGCCUCGGAGUCCCCACCUCCGACACGCACCGCGCUCGCCCUCACCCGGCCGAGUCGGCCCCGGGGACGCGGUCCUCCGGCUCCAGGCCCCUCGCCCGCCGCCUUCGGGCCGACCCCGCAGCGCCCCCGCCCCUCUCGCGGCGCGCGUGCCCGCCGGAGGCCCGCCGCUGGCCCGGCCUCCGCCUCCCGCGCUCCGCCUCCUCCAGCGCCCGCGACGCCCGCAGCGGGGAGAAGAGGCGCGCCGCCGCGGUCGCGGGCACGAGCACGCGCGAGGAGGGCGGGCGGAGCGCGCGCGCGGCCGAGGCCGGCGGGGGCGCGCCCGGGCCUCGCCUGCCGUUGUCCCGGGAGCGCACGUGCGCGGCGGGGGUGCUGCGAGAGGCGCGCGGCUCGGCCCACCCCCCUACCCCGAGGCUCUGGGGCCGGCGGGGCGCGGGAACGCGGCCCGGACGCCGGUUCGGGGGUUUGGGCGAGGUCUGCAGCUUCGGCUUCUGCACUGUGCUGCGGUGCAAAAACACAGAACCUGCCGCAGCAGCAGCAGCAGCAGCAGCAGCAGCAGCAGCAGCAGCAGCAGCAGGAAGAGACUUCCUCCGAGACUAUGGCAGUGACUCCUCUCCACUGCCAGCUGACCCCUGGGUACUGUCACCGCGCGGCGGAGGAGAGGGGGCGUUGCCGCAAGUCGGGAAGCUCCUCGUCUCUCCAUCUCUUAAGCAUUUUGGUGUAAAAUCAACUCGCAUCGGUUAUUAUUUGGAAUCUGGGCCUAAAAGUUCCUUUGGUUGUCUUCUUCAUUCAGAGUUAUGGACCAGAAGAUUGGAAGUGACCUGGCGGGGGAGAGGAAGGACAAGAAAGGGUGAAAGAGCAGCAACCCCCGAAGAAAGACUUCACAUCCCAGAGUUUGGCCAUCACACCGCCAAAUUCAGCUGUACUGACCGAAUUUUAAAUAAAUACCUACAGGAACUGGAAUCUCUACAUACAUUGAAUGACACAAAUACUCUAUUCCAGGGUCUCAAAACAUCUUGA